AUGAAUACAAUGUCUGGCGUACCAAAGAAAAGUGAUCUUUACAUUUUUGAUUUGUCAGAGCAACUUGUGGAGUCAUUAGCUUUGAUGAGCUUUGAUUCUACAUUGCGGGAAAUUGAAGCAGAUAAUAGCUCUCAUACUGCUGGGGAGGAAAAAAGUGAAAGCGUACAAUUACGAAGGCAAAGAGGUCCAUCGAAUUCUAUGCGUUGUACAAUUUGUCAAGUUGAAUUUGCAUCCAGAGAUGUGCAAAAGGCCCAUUAUCAGACAGAUUAUCACUUGAUGAACGUCAAAAGGACUCUAAGAGGACUACAUAUCUUAUCUUUUGGUGAAUUUAAUGAGUUAAUUUCCAAGGAGAGUGACAAAAAAACCAGAGAUGAAAAUUCUGACACCGAACUAAUGUCGAGUGGUCAAGAGGAUGAAAGUGACGAAGCCAGUGAUCAGGAUUCAGACCCAAAAGUUGAUAACUAUAUGGAAAGCAUAAUCGAGAACGAUUUAAAGAGAUUACGAUUUCAAGAAGAUGAGCCCAAUGUUCCCAGUCAUAUUAAUACUCAAUCCCCUUAUAUUUAUUUCAAAUCAAGUCUCCUUCCAAGAGAUGAGGUUCUGGGAAUUUAUAAGUCUGUGUUCAACAAAACGUCUCUUUCCAAACCUUAUGAAGCUCUGACUUUUUGGAAUUCACAAGAAAGCCCUUUGAUGGCGAUAUCAGCCUUAUUUAUGGUAGGAGGUGGGCAUUUCGCAGGAGCAAUUGUUUCUCAUCAAAGGCUCGAUAUCAAAGGCAAUGCUCACAAGAAGAAUGAGAGUCUGAUUGAGCAAGCAGUUAAUUUCCUGGAGCAUAAGACGUUUCAUAGAUAUACCACCAGAAGGAAGCAAGGUGGUUCUCAAUCAGCAAUGGACAAUGCAAAGGGCAAAGCCAACUCCGCUGGUUCUGCACUUCGUAGAUAUAAUGAAAGCGCGUUAAAAACAGAUAUACAAGGUGUUUUGAAAGACUGGGCUCCUUAUUUGUCAAAAUGUGAGAAUAUUUUCAUUCGGGCUCGUAACGUCAGUGAUAGAAAGGUUUUUACUGAUAGUACUAUCUUGGAUAAAAAUGAUGAAAGGAUAAAGAGUUUCCCUUUUACUACAAGCAGACCCACGGUAUCAGAGUUGAAGAAAGCAUGGUGUGAACUUUGUUAUCUAAAAGUUUUACCUAGGCCUGAACCAUUAGUAAUAAAGCAAACGGCACAAUGGACUGAAAAUUCUAAUAAAAAAGAGACACCUAAAGAAAAACAAGAACUUUCACCGGAAGAAAUUCGAACAGAAGAGGUGGUUUCUUUAGUGAAGAAGGGAAGAGCACCUCUAUUGAUAGCCUUCUUAAAAAAGAAUAAACUUGACGGGAACUUCCAGUUGAAGCCUGAAAAUAAAUACUCCUUAACUCCAACAAUUUUGCAUUACGCAUCACAACAGGGGUUGAAACAAAUGGUGCUAAUUUUGCUUUCAAAUAUUAAGUGCGAUCCUACAAUUAAGAAUAGAUUGGGAAGGACCGCUUGGGAUUUGACUAGAGAUGACGACGUAAGACACGCUUUUCAGAUUGCAAGACACAAUUUAGGUGAGUCCUUCACUAAUUGGAAUGAAUCGCAUAUCGAAGAGCCUCUAAGUAGAGAACAAGUUGGUGAACUCAAUGAGAAGAAGCAUGCCACGGAGAGUGAGAAAACAGAAAAACUGGUUAAAAUGGAACUAGAAGCAGCUAAGGAAAGACAGAGAUCUGCUAAGGAUGCUGAAAGAGGUCCAGGAAAAAAGCUAACGAAUAUACCUUCAGCUAGACAACAAAACCUGAACUCUUUGACAGAUGAACAAAGACGCAGAUUGAUGAGAGAACAACGGGCUAGAGCCGCAGAGGAAAGAAUGAAAAGAAGUUCGGAAAAAUAA